CGCCAUCUUCAGUCGAGCGGUGGCUGCCAGUGAGGAAAGGUCUACGUCGUCCACUCGCUGCUCAACGCCUGUGAUUUCACUCUCGGGGGAACUGGUGAUGACGGUAAUGAGGAGAUCUUGAAUGGAAUAUACCAGAUCAGAUGGGCUGUGUGCUAAGGCUCUGAGAGGUUGAGAGAUCCCAGUGGUUGGGUUGUGUUUUUUUUCGUGGGGGAUUAAAAGAAAUCUAGCAGUUUUUUGAAGGAAAGAAAUCGGAUAAAAAAAUUGAUCUUUUCUCGCCUCCCCCUUUUAAGAAUUCGACGCAGGUGUGAAACUGUUUAUGGGGAAGUGCAAAAUCUCGCGACGUGUGACCACAUUUUCCUCUGGGGGAAGUGUACUAACUCACCAGCAGUGAGAAGAACAAGGAAUCGCCACUGAGACCGCUGGUAGUUAAACAGCUGGACCAGAGCGCCUUCGCCAUGACGGGACUACGCGUCGCCUUACUCGCUCUGGCGUUAUUACAUGUAAGCGUGGCCCAGGAGCCGACCCUCCAGGUGCUGCCGUCCAACAUCCUCAAGCCCCUGGGCGACAGAGCCUACGUGUCCUGCAGCGCCGUCGUCGACAACCCGGAGCUGGUGACGGAGAUGCAGUGGUCCGGACCCAACGGCCAGGAGAUACCCAACGCCGAGGGCACACUUGAUGGCAGGAUCAUCGCCCUGGAGAGCAUCGAGGGCUCCGGGAAGCUCGACCUCAUGAUCCAGAACCUGCGGGAGGAGGACUCGGGCGAGUACGAGUGCACCGCCGUCUACGCCGGCAACCAGAAGCUGUCGGUGAAGCUCAUGGUGGACUUCUUCGUGGACAUCGACUUCGGCGACACGCCCGUCGUCCAGACGCCCAUCAUCAACGAGGAGUCCAAGAUCCGCUGCAACCCCAAGUCCAAGCCGCCGCCGCAGGUGGACUGGCUCAAGGACCUGCUGCCUCUCAAGAGCGAUGGAAAUCUCGUCAUCCAGCAAGACGGCGUGCUGAUCAAGAAGGUGAGCGAGGCCGAUGAGGGCACAUACAGGUGCCGCGCGCGAGUGCCCGAACUCGGCUCCAUCGACUUCAGGGACAUCCAGGUGGAGGUGCACAUCCCGCCCUCCAUCGACAAGCGCCCCGUCGACGAGAAGGGCGUGGAGAAGGCGUCCGUGACCUUCGAGUGCGGAGCCACCGGCAAGCCCGCGCCCACCUACUCUUGGGUCAACAAGGACAACACUCCCCUCGAGGGCGUGGAAGGCUACUACGUGGACACCGAGAAGGGCGUCCUCACUAUCAUGGACCUCCGGCCAGACCACACCGGGAGGUACCGCUGCACCGCCGAGAACCCCGCAGGAGCCGACACGGCCGACGCCACGUUGCAGGUCCUCACGAAGCCCAAGGUAGAGCAGUACCUCAACGUGACCCAGGAAGUCGACAGCGAUCUGGAGAUGCGCUGCGUUGCCACCGGCGACCCCAUGCCCAAGAUUAUCUUCCAGAAGUUCUCCAAUGACCACCCGUUCACUGAUGGCAUUAACAACGACGACAGAAUCGAAGUCGUGCAGACGGAAGACGACCAGGGCCGCCGCGUUGGCAUCCUCAAGAUUCGUGGAGUAGUGCGCGCUGAUGAUGGACUUUACACAUGCACUGCUACCUCAGAAGGUGGAGAAACACAAGUGUGGGGCCAUAUCACUGUUGAAUUCAUGCCUACCUUUGAAGAUCAGGUCAGGGAUGUUGAAUGGUCUUGGCAGCAGCAACCAGUCAAUCUGACAUGUAUUGCCACAGCUAUUCCUAAUGCUACAAUUCAGUGGUAUCUGCGUAAUUCUGAAAUCGACAAAGAAGACCCUAAUUUGGAAGUCCUCUCCUUUGGUCCUGUGGGAGUUCUGAGGGUCACCCCAGUCAGAAACGAGUACUACGGUGAUUAUGCUUGUGAGGCCACAAACCGACUGGGAAUGAAGGAAUUUGACAUCAAACUGAAGGAAGCCCAUGUGCCUGGACCAGUAGCCAGUGCCAAGGUUCAGAAAAAGACAGCAACAACCAUUACGUGGAACAUUGUGGGACCAGUUGAUGAUGGUGGCCUACCUGUCUUGGGUUACCUUGUGGAGUAUCGCAUGAAGGACCUUCCAUGGGACAAUGCAGUCUCUCAUUAUUGGACUAAAGAUCAGACCUACACACUGGAUAAACUGCAGCCACUUCAGACUUAUGUGUUCCGUUUUGCUGCAAGAAGUGAGGUUGGCGAAGGAGAAUGGAGUGGUGAGAAGGAAGAACAAAUGCCACACAUCUCAGUUCCCGAAGAGCCUCUAAUCUUUGAUGUUGAAGAGGGUGUGACAGCCAUCCCAUACCCCAACAAGUUCACUCUUCGAUGGCAACCACCUCUGGAUAAUGGUGAACCUAUUGAUUUGUUCCAAAUCAUGUAUUAUCAGGUGCAAAAUGCAUCAGGUCAGUGGGAGAGCAUUGGCACCAAAAAUGCCGAGGAAGUAGAAUACCCAGCUACAGUCUACACGAUUACGGGUCUUCGAAGCAGCACUUUUUACAAGAUUGAACUGCGAGCGCAUAAUGCUAUUGGAUUUUCUACCCCGGCCGAGGCAGUCAUCAAGACUGCGCAUGAUCCAUCGGCGCCGCCAGGUAGCGGGUCGGGGUCGCCAGUGCAGUACAGUAGCGUUGCCCCCUCCAUCAGUGCCCCCGCCCACGGCAACGAUGAGGCCGAGGCAUCAACAGCCAGUCCGGGAGUGGGACUCAUCGCGGGCAUUGUCGUCAUCGCUGUACUCGUCAUCGUUGUCAUUGCUGACUUGACAUGUUACUGUACCAAUAAUGCUGGUUUGACUGCGGCUGUCCUGGGUAAGCGAGGUGUCAAGGAUAAAGACAAAGAAGCCAUGCUCGAGGACGGAAAGAAUGCCAGUGCUGAUACCCUCCAUGAGGAAUCGAGGGAGGAAGGGAAAACCAUCGAUGAGAAACCUGUUCCUGAGAAGGAAGUCCCCAAAACCCCCGAGAAAAAAGUUGAAAUUAUAACUGAGAAACCAACUGAGGAAAAACAUGAAGGUAACGGACAAAUGAAGCAACAGAAGGAAGAAGAGGCAAAGCAAGAGCAACAAGAAGCUGAUGAGAAAGUUAAGGAGACAACCGAACCUACGGAAACAACCCCCAUGAUCCAAGGAAGAGGCUCUAACAGAAAAUCCAAAGUACAAGUGAGUGAAGUGGAUGUCAAGACACUUAAUGCACAAGAUCAAAGACAACGAAGGCAACAAACAUACAGCCAACAUAAUCCAGUUCCAAUUAACAUGCAAUUCAUGGGCCAAAGUGGGGAAUAUGAGAGAAGUCAAAAUGUCCGUGCCAGACAGCCUCAGAUUGUGAAAGCCAUAAUGAAAAACAAUAGCCAGAACCAGAGUGCCUAUGGACCGAGUGGUCGGCCAUGCAGUAUGGCAAUGGCACUUGAGAAUCCAGUCUUCAGAACAGGUAGCUCAAUGAAGAGUUCCAGUAGCACUCCAAUUCUUGAUCAUGAGACUUCCAGUGACUCUAUUUAUGAUGUUCCUUUCCUGGCACAACAUGCACGUCCUCCAAUUCAUUCUCCAGAAACCCCUAAACCAAGACCUCCAUUGCCAGCAAGGAAUCCAGAUACACGGCUGACUUUAGGGGGACAGUCUCAAAGUCAUGACAGACUUCUUAAUCAUGUACAAGAAUCCUCUACAGAUACAUUUUAUGAAGACCAUCCCUCCUAUUAUGGAGGACCAGGCACUUCAUACAACAUGUUAGCAAGCAGAGAGGCACUAAAUCAGGCACCAAGACCUCCCUACAACAUAUCAGCAAGCAGAGAGGCACUAAAUCAGGCACCAAGACCUCCCUACAACAUGUCAGCAAGCAGAGAGGCACUAAAUCAGGCACCAAGACCUCCCUACAACAUGUCAGCAAGCAGAGAGGCACUGAACCAGGCACCAAGACCUCCUUACAACAUGUCAGCAAGCAGAGAGGCACUGAACCAGGCACCAAGACCUUCCGACAUGUCAUUGAGAAAUGGGACAGGAAGUCCAAUGCUGUCAAGUAAUUCUAGCCAUUCUGGUAUAUAUGAGACAAUAAGUAGUCCUAGGAGAUCUCCAAGUCAGAGUUCACUAAGUACUCUCUAUCAACCAGUUCAGAAUCCUCAUUAUGAUGCAAAACCCAAAACUGCAUUUGAAAUUGCACCCUAUGAUGAUCCAGUGUCACCAAGUUCAGCAAGGAGACCUGUUGCUGGUAGAGAAGUUCAACCAAAACCCAUGCCCAGGUUACCAGGACAACCAUCAGGCCACACCUUCAGCCCUAAUGCUUCAGCACCACCAAAUGUCCAACCACCUAUCCGGCCCUCAGUACCACCACCAGCCCCACCACCUUCCACUGAAAAUAAAGAGGACAAGAAACCUCUAAAAACGGUUACAACUCUACUCUUUCGUGAACGUCCUCAGCAGCAGAACCAUAGUCAGAGCAUGGAUAAUCUCGAUGCUGCGUAUUAUCCCUCCCAACAAGACAGCCAGAGUUCGACAACAUACAGUCCACAGUCAAUUGACAUCUGCAAGAUCUCUUGGCAGCUUGUUAAGCACAGAUUCCAGCCAACGGUCAUACAAACAACCAACUAUCAUCUAAAUGCUUGCAUGCUAAUGGGGUAGAGUUAGAAUGGCUUCUAUUUUAGUGAAAAGGAUGACAAAGAAGAGAUCCUGAAGGAGGAGCAAAAGGAGGAAGAGGAGAAGCUGAAGAAAAGCGAGUCCAAGAGUAGUGUAACAAAGGAUUCCCCAGUGUAGACCUUUGUCUUCUGCUAGUCUUCAUAUUUACACUUAAAUAGACAGGCUAGAAGAUUUGUAAAACUUUGAGGAGUGAGUGAGUAAUACUUCUACUACAUGUAAUAAAGGACUUUAGCUGCAACAAGGAAAAGAAAACUAAACAAGAGAAUGAGAAAAGGUUUUUCAAGAAUAAUUGCAAUGGGUUGAAAUAAAGUUUGCCAAAGAAAGUGAACGAUGAGUAGACAAAGAGGCUAGGAUUAAUUCAUCACUAGAAAUAUAUUAGCAGCGUGUGAACUCUUAUUCUCUGGUUUUCAGGUACCAUGAACUAUUUUGAGAGUAGAAUAAUGCGUAGUAACAAAAUGACUUCUUAUUGACGUCCUUUUUGUGACUGCAUAUGGUAAAUUUAGAGAAAUAAUGUUUAGAAUGAGGGUCAGUAGUAAAUGUGAAUGCCUGUUAUAAUCCAGCAUUACUUGUGUGCAAGAAACUUCAUGUUCAUUUAUGUACUGAUGGAAGAGUUAUGUGAUUCUCAUAUUGUGAAAGCAUCAGCAAAAUAUAGUCAUAUAUUUUAGACUCCUCCCUUUUUAUGAAUAUAUAGUUCAUCAAAUGGUCAUGGAAAAGAGUCAGGCAGUAUUUUUUGUUUUACACUGCAAGGUAAAAAAAUAUAUAUAUAAUGACUUUAAAUGUGUGCAUGGAAGACUUUGCCAUCUUUGCUGUGCUGAUCAUAGCCUUAUCAUGUAAAGGAUAAUACUUUAAUGUUCACAAAUUAUUCGCAAUCUUUGGAUUUGAUGUCUGGGACAAGUUAUUCCUGUGGAUACUGUGCACUUGGUAUUGCCUCUAUGUAUGUAAUUAUAUUUUGGUUCUUUUUAUACCUCAAGGAAAAAGGAAUAAAAAUUAGGCAAUCCAAUGGCUUGCAGCUAACACAACAUUGCAUCGUCUCCAGGAAAACUUUCAACUAGGCCUAGUCAUUAUAGCAUAGCCAAUUACGAAACUGAGACGUGUGAUGCCCAUUUCAAAGUACUGUAAUUCAUCUCAGUUGCUAAGUGAAUUUGAUAUAUGGACAUUUUGCUAAUAAUUUUUACAUAUUGUUCUUGGCUAAAUAUCAACACUACCCAGAAUUAAAGAAAUUUUUUUGUUUUCUUACAUUAGAAAAUGUAUUGCAUAUGAUUGGGUGCAAUGUAGAGUCUACAAAAUGGCUUAUGGUUAAUAUUUUGAGAUUUAUAAUGGACCAAAUUGUAAUUUCUAGAUAAUUAAAAUCAGUGCACUUUAGUAUAUAAUUGAUAUUUUCAAUUCUUAAUUACCAGUGACUGUACAAACAUUUUAAUUAUUUGCUCUCUAAGAUUGACGGAGCUUAUGAAGAGUUUCUUUGAAGUUUUUUUCAUGGUUGUGUCAUAUCAACCUGGGCAAAUGCCUUAACUAGAUAAGUAUAAACUGAAUUCUUACACAGUAGUUCUGUAUUUUAAUGAUAAUAGGAUGAUAUUUGCCCAGGUGAUAUGACAACAUAUACAUACUGGGUCAAUGGUCUGAACACUCAACUCUAAAUUGUGAUUGGAUGCCCAGUCAUGACCCUUGACUAUGGUUGUUCUAAGAGUCGGUAUGUUGUCAUUACUGCACCCAUGCUUGGGAUCGUGACUGUCAUCUCGUCACACCUUUUCCAUAACUGUGUCUUAGAGUUCAAGUUGCAUCAAAUGUGACAAGGCUCUUGUGACAGAGGAGUAUUGCAAAUUCUGAAAUGACACUUUGGUGAAAGAAAUGUCUUAUUUAUUGAAAUCUACUAUAUAGCACCCUUUGGAUAUUACUUUCUAUACUGGCUGUAUUCCUAAUUCUGCAAAUACCAUUCAUAAUUUUUAAAUAUUUUAUAAAUAAUAUAAGCCUUACACAGGUUUCGAAAGUAAUUUCAUUCCAAAUAUAUUCCUAGUUAUUUACUGUAAAGCCAGCAACCAGUAACUUAAUCAGUAAUAUAACAUUCAAGUACUUACCUCUGCUCAAGUGCCAUUUAAGAAUUUGACUGCUGUAUGGCUCACCAUUUUUGCAUAAGACAGCACGUGGUUGAUAUCAUAUGGGCGGGCACACUACCCAUGAUAGUAUUGGAUAUUUUUUUUUUUUUUUUCUUAUUCUUAUCCACAGACACUGCUUUCUGCUUGAAAAAAGUUGUAAAUAUAUUAAUGUAAACAUUUUAACAUCAAUUGCUAUGUGAGAGUUUUGGCUGUGCUUGAGGAUUAUAAUGUGUGUAGCAUUUAAUGGAGAGAGUGAUCUUCUGUAUCAAAAGCAGAGCUCUCACUUACCACUAGAGAAAAAACAACUACAUAGACUUUGUCUAUCUCAUCUGUUUUGUUAUCCACAAUCUGUAUAACAUUCCUUACUACGAACUUGUUUUACAUAUUUAGAAAACAAAAAAAAGUAGACAACCCCCUUUUCUUUUCAUGUACAAUGAAUGAUGAGAGCAUUUAUAUAAACCUAUUGUAGCUGUGUCUGCCCCUACCCGUGUGUUAAUAUAAGGUCAGCUUUUUUAUUGUGAUUACGUAUGACUAAGCUUGUCUGUACUCCAGUGUGGUAAAAAUAAAAUGUCUGCUAUUAAA